AUGAUUAGGACUCUUGAGACGAAUCUAUAAAAAACUUGGAAGGAAGUUAAAGCAGUGCAUUCAACUUGGAAUUUAAAAAAUUAAUAUGACGCAUAAAGUAGUUAAAAUAAAGAAAAUGGAUAAAUGUUUGGAAUAUUGGUUUGGGAAGAUUGGUUUGUUCAUACUAAGAAAAAUAAUAGAAAUGUUAAAUCAUCUUCACAUAAAAAUCAGAAUUUGACUAUUAAGCUUGGAAUGUACAUUAUAUUCUCAUUCUUGAUGAUUCAGGUUCUAUGGAAGGAGAUAAAUAGGGAAAAGCAAAAAUUGGAGCCUUAAAAUGUAUACAGGAAUUAGAAAAUACUGAUUCUUCAAGAGUUAGUGUUAUAAUUUUUAAUGGAGACUCAAGAGUAGUGGAAGAAUGUUAAAAAUCAAAUUCCAAAAUAUGAAAAAUAAAAUUGAUUAUAAGGCAGGCGGUACUAAUUUUGAACCUUCAUUUGAAUAAGCAUUAAAAUUGAAUUAAAAAUAUGAGAGCUUUAAUAAGUAAGUAAAUUUAAUAUAUUAGAAUUUAAAUAUUAUUUUAUACCGAUGGAGAAGCAGGAUAUCCAUAAAAAACUGUUGAAAAAUUCUGUAAGCUACCACAGUAUAUUAGAAAUAUAAUCAACUUAAUAGCCUGUUCAGGAGAAACAUCUACUCAGUCAUUGGCACUAAUAAUAGACACAUUUUAAAAAAAUAUGUAAUUAGCAUAAUUGUUAAAUUCUAUAUAAACUAUACAAAUUUAAAAAGUUUGGACAGAAGUAGUUAGCUAAAAUAUUCAUUCUUAACUGGCAUGA